CAGUCUCCUGAGAGUGCUCCGUGCCUGUGUCCGUAUAUUGUACAAUAUGUGAGCACUUUUCAUGCGAGUAUACAUAAUCACAAAUAGGUACAUAGACGUAGAGGUUGUUAUGGUAUCCGAUACUUGCGCAUCUAUUAGACCCAGAAUAUUAUACCUGAACCCUCGAACUAAAAGUUCAUAAAUAAGUUGUGCAUAUACGAACGAGCGGAAUUACGAAUUUGUGCGUUCUUCCAGCUAUUCCCUAAUCAAUUCAUUUGUGUUUUUGAUAGACCUUGAGCUACAGUAGCGUGUCAAUUUGAAACAUUAAUGGACAUCGUUAACAAUAGAUCUUUAGCAAAGGUACUUUAGUAUUUACUUAAAUAUAUAUAGCAGUUGCAGCACACUUAAUCUAGAAGCAUGGUGCACAUCGACGCGGUGGCGGAGAUCAAGUUGCCAGCCGCCGAAUAUUGGUCUGUUCGGAACACAAAGGAGUUUCUAGCUAUCGAGUGCAAAUACUUGAACAAUGCUUCAAAAUACUGCUUAGAGGAGACUUUAGAACCAAAAACAGGUAGAUUAUUACACCAAAGCUUGCAAACUACACCGGAUCUAUCUAUAGUACCGCCAUUCCUGUUAAGUAUGCUUCCUGGGGAAAAGGGUAUUGUGCUGACAGAUAGUAUUGACUUCAAUCUGAACGAUCCUUUGACACCGUAUGCAUUUACUGCCACCACAGUACCCUCUGUGUUCUACGAGAAAGCAGAUAUAGUAGGUUACACGCGUAUAGUGCCAAGCAAAGACAAUCGCACAUGUACACAGACAGUGAGUAUGGAUGUAAAAGUAAAUCAGUGGGGCGUUGGAGGCCUUGUGGAGACCUUGAUCUCGAACGGUAUAUACAAUGCUUACAAGCAAUUGCCGAAGAUGGUUGACGACUGGAAGCAAAAUUGUGCCGCCGAUGUAUACGAGCGUAGCUUGCAGGCACACUCGGACAGAGAGAAAUUGAGGGAAAAAGAAAGAAAGGAAAAGCGCAACCAGAGGAGGAGGUUAUCAACCAAGUCUUCAUCUAAAAGUCUGGGCGGGGACAGUUGGUGUGCACCGAGCAGCGCAAGUAAAGCUGAAGAUGACAGCGAUAAUGAUAGUUUAUACUCCACGGAUAGUUUGUACUUCGACCCAGACAAUGCCAUACUGGUGGAAUACGGGAAUGGCUCGCAUAGUGAAACCACGGUGGAUAGCGGUGUGGGUGUCGAGGAUGAUGAAAUCAGGAAGUACCAAGAUAUUCCUCUCACCAUCACUUCGGAAUCCGAGCUAGUCGAGUCAGUUAUGGGCCAAAGGCAGAGCUGUCAACCCGGAGGUGUGUCCAUGUCAAUGUCCUCUACCCUCCAAAAGAGGGACUCACUGGACGUAGAUAACUUCGUGGGUACCCAGAGACAGGACAAAACUUGGCUUAAUUGGAUGUCGUGCUCAGCAUCUAUCAUCCCGUCAUGCUUUUAGAUUGGCUAUGCUUAGUCAGAGAUGCCUUUGACCGUCUUAGAUAGUCAGAGAUACAUUAGUGCGAGUUACGUUGGCAUCCCGUCGUGAUUGUGGACCGGAAUAUCCUAUAUAGAGACAUGUUUGCCUAUCAAUCUCCGUGGGAUGGCUUCCGGUCGUACUUUGACUAUCGUCGCGACAUAUACUUUAAUAGUCACAGUAGCUUGCACGCUACAUGUAGUUGUGUUUUGCAUUGUACAUCGAGGUUUCAGGCUGACCUUCUGUUGGUCACGGUUGUGUCCGCUUGUAAACAGGCCGAAUCUGUCUUUGCCCACGUAUCGGUAGAUAUUUCUGACGGCGCACGAUCACAGGACUGGUGGGGAAACUGAUGUAACGGGCUUAACAGGCCGUCAGCAGCAUCAGCGAAUCAGUCCCAAGCACACACAGUCACGGAGGCAGUCCACUAUCAUAGAGUCAAUCGAAGUAGGCGUUGGCAAAGGGUCAGAUAAGCUCGUUGGAGCAGAUUUCUGUCCUUUCAGAAGUUAAAACGAGAUUUUGGCCUCGUCAAGCCAAUACGGUGCCCUCGGCGUUUCACUAUUAGAGCGACACAAACACUGGGGAGGCGUGUCGUUUUGCGAUGUUGUCAAAUGGCGCAUAGACUUCCGGUUGAGAUGGGGAUGGAUAGUGGAAACGAGACGAAUAGCAUAGCAAGAGCUUUUGUAUGUAAAUCAAAAAACCAAAAAUAAUUGGGAAUAGAUUCUAGAAGUAGAUCCCUAGAGCCCAUAAAUAUUGCGGGAGAUGAUCAGUUUGAUCACGUGGCCCGUGUCGUGGCUAUCCGACGCAGUUUCAGUAGAAACCUAUUUGCGAGCAGAGCCUGGCGCAUAGGUAUUGAGUAUAAUACCUAAUGUUAGUUUUGAAACAAAAUUUAGCAAA